AUGCCUUUCUCACAUCACAGUCACUCCGGCCAAUUUUGCCCUGGGCACGCUAGGAACACACUCGAGGAAAUGGUGGAAGCUGCGGUUGCUCAGCGGAUGGAAGUCUUCGCUCUCACUGAACACAUGCCUCGACAUGACGAAGAUCGUUACCCUGAGGAGAGGGAAAUGGGUCUGGUCUACGAGAAGUCACAGGUAAGCCACAAGACAUAUUUUCAAGAAGCCAAUCGCCUCCGAGAAAAGUUCAAAUUGAAGAUUCAAAUCGUGAUAGGGUUUGAGAGUGAGUGGAUACGGCCAGGUUCUCUAGACCUGAUCAACAUCUCUUUGCAAAACAAUGAUGUGGACUUCUUCGUUGGCUCAGUCCAUCAUGUACACACCAAACCGAUUGAUUUUGACCAAGCUGGUUAUGAUGCUGCCAAGGAAGUUGCCGGUGGCUCUGACCAUCAACUCUUUGGGGAUUAUUUCGAUGCUCAGUUUGCAAUGCUGCAAGCCAUUAAGCCACCUGUUGUCGGCCAUUUCGAUCUCAUUCGACUCAAAAGCGGGGAUCCUGAGAGGAGCUUCCGAGAAUGGCAAGGGGUCUGGGGCCGAAUCGUCAGGAACCUGCAGUUCAUUGCCUCGUAUGGUGGUCUGCUUGAAAUCAAUUUCGCCAGCUUGCGAAAGGGAAUGACUGAGCCGUAUCCCAAAGAUGAAAUUGCAAAGACAUUCGAGAUCAUGGGAGGCAAAUUCUGCCUGUCUGAUGAUAGCCAUGGGGUAGAGCAGGUAGCAUUGAACUACCACGAGUGCAUUCCUUAUCUGAAACGCAACCAUAUCAGUCGCGUUCACUUCCUGGAGUCCUUGUGUGAGAACUUGGCUGAGCCUAUUGAUUCACGAUUCCCUUCCACGAAACUUCGGUCCCUCACCAUCGGUGAGCUAAAAACGCUUCCUUUCUGGCAUAGUCGAAACAUGCCCUGCAGUCCCUCGGGCUUGGACAACAACUGA